UCCGCUCAACCCUCAGUAAACCACUAUCAACAAUGGAGGACGAUUCAAACGACGAUAACCUAUACACUAGUGUUCAGCAAAGACGUGUUUGAUUUUGUUUCACGUUUCGAUAGUACUGAUAUUUCGAUUUUGAUCAAACAUACUGAAAACGCCACCCGGAAUCAUGGAGUGCAACACCGGGGAUUAACGUCUGCAGUCCAUGGACGAGCUGCUGUUAUUGUUUACAUCUCCAUACGAUAUGAUCAGUAGAUCAGGGGUGUUGGCGUCCCUCCCAACGUGGAUCUCAAGGACACACUCAUGAUCCAACAUCUCCAGCUCCAUCUCCUGUGCCUCUGAUCGGGAUCUAUCGCAGGGGCACCAUCAUGUUCAGCGCCACUCAGAGCUCCAAGUCGGAGUUCCUGGACCGGGCCCGGCAGGCCCGUGAAGAGCGGCAGGGCUCCCGGGAGAAGGAGCGCUGCGCCACGCAGAUCCAGGCUCUGGUCCGACGGUUCCUCUGUCGCUGCAGGCUGCAAAAGCAGCUACGGAAAGAGGUGGACGACUAUUUCCAAACCUCUGAAAGCGGGACAACCAAACGGAAUGCACUAUCAAUUUUCAAAAUCGCCCGGAAACUGUUAUUUGUUUAUGCUCCUGAAGAUAAGUUGCGCUUCGAGAAGCUCUGCCGAGCCAUUCUGACCAGCAUGGACGUCGAGAACGAACCCAAAGUUUGGUACGUGUCCUUGGCACUUUCCAAAGACCUCACCAUUCCCUGGAUCAAACAGAUUAAAGACGUGCUUUGGGUCUGCUGUCAGCACCUCAAAAAGCUGAAGCCCGACAUCCUGCAGGACAACAAGCUGGUGACGCUGUACCUCAGCAUGCUGGUCAGCUUCACCGACACCUGCACAUGGAGGUUGCUCCGAGGGAAAGGAGAAGCUCUGAAACCGGCUCUGACGAGAAUCUGUGAAAACAUCAUGGGCCAUCUCAACCAGAAGGGCUUCUACUCUACACUUCAGAUCCUGCUGACCUGCGGGCUGGCUCGCUCCCGGCCCUCCCUCUCUAAGGGUACCCUGACUGCCAUCUUCACUCUGUCUUUGAGGCCAGUGAUCGCCGCUCACUUCUCUGACAACCUUCUGAGAUCGUUCCUGCUUCACAUCAUGUCGGUUCCAGCCAUCGUAUCUCAUCUCAAUACUCUGACGCCAGAGUGCAUGGCCUCUCUCCAAACGCACGACAUGCUUCGCAAGUUCAUCUUGUUCCUGAGCAGAGAGGAGCAGUGUGUGGACAUCUGUGUGUGUCUGGAGGGGAGCCACACACUCUGCCUGCUGGGUAACCUGAUCCACCUGGGCUUCCUGGACGAGAAGGUCCUGGAAGAGGAGGCCAACCACUUUGUGAAGGACCUGACGGACAUGCUGUCCUACUGCCAGAGAUACGUGUCCCAGAAGAAGUCCAACCUGACCCACUGGCACGCGGUGCUGGGCUGGUUCUCUCAGACCGUGGACUAUGGGCUGAACGAGUCCAUGCCGCUGGUGACCAAGCAGCUGCAGUACCUGUGGGGCACGGCGGUCAUCCGUACCCUCUUCAGCGACGUUCUCUCCAAGAAGCUGGAGAGCCAGGAGCCGUCGCCGUCCGCCCAGCAACCGAGCACCUCCCAGAACAACCUGCCCGUCAAGAGCCUCUUCAAGCGAGCAUUCCAGAAGUCGGCGUCGGUGAGGAACAUCCUGAAGCCGGUGGGCGGGCGGCGGGUGGACUCGGCCGAGGUGCAGAAGGUCUGCAGCAUCUGUGUCCUGUACCAGACCGCCCUGUCCACGCUCACGCAGAUACGCCUGCAGAUCCUCACCGGGCUGACCCACCUGGACGAGCUGCUGCCCAAGCUGUGGGCCUUCAUCUGUGAGCUGGGGCCCCAGGGGGGCCUGAAGCUGUUCACCGAGUGCCUGAACAACGACACGGAGGAGUCCAAGCGGCUGCUCGCCAUGCUCGUGCUGUUCUGUGACUGCUCCCGCCACCUCAUCACGAUCCUGGACGACAUCGAGGUCUACGAGGAGCAGACCUCCUUCAAGAUCGAAGAGCUGCUCACCAUCUCCUCCUUCCUGAACACCUUCGUGUACAAGAUGAUCUGGGACGGCAUUCUGGAGAACGCGAAGGGGGAGAAGCUGGAGCUGUUCCAUAGCGUCCACGGGUGGCUCAUGGUGCUCUACGAACGGGACUGCCGCAGGAAGUUCACCCCGGAGGAGCACUGGCUGCGCCGGGACCUGAAGCCCAGCCUCCUGUUCCAGGAGUUGGAGAAAGGGAAGCGUCGAGCCCAGCUGCUGCUGCAGUACAUCCCCCACGUCAUCCCGCACAAGAACCGGGUUCUGCUGUUCCGGAACAUCGUCACCAAGGAGAAGGAGAGCCUGGGCCUGGUAGAGACCAGCUCUGCCUCUCCGCACGUCACCCACAUCACCAUCCGCCGCUCCCGCAUGCUGGAGGACGGCUACGACCAGCUCCGCCGCCUCCCCUCCAACUCCAUCAAGGGCGUGAUCCGGGUGAAGUUCGUCAACGACCUGGGCGUGGACGAGGCGGGCAUCGACCAGGAUGGGGUGUUCAAGGAGUUCCUGGAGGAGAUCAUCAAGAAGGUGUUCAACCCAGCACUCAACCUCUUCAAGACCACCAGCGGGAACGAGCGUCUGUAUCCUUCGCCCACCUCCUACAUCCACGAGAACCACCUGCAGCUCUUUGAGUUCGUGGGCAAGAUGCUCGGGAAGGCCAUGUACGAGGGCAUCGUGGUGGACGUACCCUUCGCCUCCUUCUUCCUCAGCCAGGUCCUGGGCCACCACCACAGCUCCUUCUACAGCUCCAUCGACGAGCUGCCCUCCCUGGACUCUGAGUUCUACAAGAACCUCACCUCCAUCAAGCGUUACGACGGAGACGUAGGAGACCUGGGGCUGACGUUAUCCUACGAUGAGGACGUCAUGGGACAGCUGGUCUGCCACGAGCUGAUCCCAGGAGGGAAGACCAUGGCGGUGAUCAACGAGAACAAGAUCAGCUACAUCCACCUCAUGGCCCACUUCAGGAUGCACACGCAGAUCAAGGAGCAGACGGGCGCCUUCAUCCGCGGGUUCCGCAGCAUCAUCAACCCCGAGUGGCUGCACGUGUUCUCCACGCCCGAGGUGCAGCGCCUGGUGUCCGGGGACAACGCCGAGAUCGACCUGGACGACCUCAAGAAGCACACGGUGUACUACGGGGGCUUCCACAGCAGCCACCGCGUGGUCAUCUGGCUCUGGGACAUCCUGUCCAGCGACUUCACCUCCGAGGAGCGCGCCAUGUUCCUCAAGUUCGUCACCAGCUGCUCCCGGCCCCCCCUGCUGGGCUUUGCGUACCUCAAGCCUCCGUUCUCCAUCCGCUGUGUGGAGGUCUCCGACGACCAGGACACCGGGGACACCCUGGGCAGCGUGCUGAGGGGCUUCUUCACCAUCCGCAAGAAGGAGCCGGGCGGCCGGCUGCCCACCUCGUCCACCUGCUUCAACCUGCUGAAGCUCCCCAACUACAGCAAGAAGAGCAUCCUGAGGGACAAGCUGCGCUACGCUAUCAGCAUGAACACCGGCUUCGAGCUCUCCUAGCCCCCCGUCCCCGGACCGGCCCCCCCUCUGGGUCUUGUCCCCCCCCAACGGGACCCCCCUCGAUCCGGACCCCACUCUGCCCUCCCCUCUCCGACCGGACCGCCCCGAACACCAGAG